GUCUGUAGUGGUGACGUGUCUCUACAGUGUCUCCUCCUGCUCGUCGCCUCAGUCAGUAGUGAGGUCUGGUCAGAUUUUCUCAGUUAAGGAGCACCUCGGUGAACAGUUGGGACAUCAUGGGCAUCAAAUUCUUGGAGGUGAUAAAGCCAUUCUGUGCAGUGCUGCCAGAGAUUCAAAAACCUGAAAGAAAGAUCCAGUUCAGAGAGAAGGUGCUAUGGACAGCCAUCACUCUCUUCAUCUUCCUGGUGUGUUGCCAGAUCCCCCUCUUUGGCAUCAUGUCCUCAGACUCUGCAGAUCCAUUCUACUGGAUGAGAGUAAUUCUGGCCUCAAACAGAGGUACUCUGAUGGAGCUGGGUAUUUCACCUAUCGUCACCUCAGGCCUGAUCAUGCAGUUGCUCGCUGGAGCUAAGAUCAUCGAAGUUGGAGACACACCAAAGGACAGAGCCCUCUUCAACGGAGCUCAGAAAUUGUUUGGAAUGAUCAUCACCAUUGGCCAGGCCAUCGUUUAUGUGAUGACUGGCAUGUAUGGAGAUCCCUCAGAGAUGGGUGCUGGAAUCUGUUUGCUCAUCAUCAUUCAGCUGUUUGUGGCCGGACUGAUCGUGCUGUUGCUGGAUGAGUUGCUCCAAAAGGGCUACGGUCUCGGUUCAGGAAUCUCACUGUUCAUUGCCACCAACAUCUGUGAGACAAUUGUCUGGAAGGCUUUUAGCCCCACGACUGUGAACACCGGCAGAGGCACAGAGUUUGAGGGAGCAAUCAUUGCUCUUUUCCAUCUGCUGGCUACAAGGACAGACAAAGUGCGUGCUCUGAGAGAAGCCUUCUACAGACAGAACCUACCCAACCUGAUGAACCUCAUCGCCACAGUGUUUGUCUUUGCUGUAGUGAUAUACUUUCAGGGAUUCAGGGUGGAUCUGCCCAUCAAGUCAGCUCGCUACCGUGGCCAGUACAACACCUACCCCAUCAAGCUCUUCUACACCUCCAACAUUCCCAUCAUCCUGCAGUCUGCUUUGGUCUCCAACUUGUACGUUAUCUCCCAGAUGCUUUCCACACGCUUCAGUGGUAAUUUCCUGGUGAAUCUGCUUGGAACUUGGUCUGACACAACGUCUGGUGGUCCAGCCCGUGCCUAUCCUGUGGGUGGACUCUGUUACUACCUCUCUCCUCCUGAGUCAUUUGGAUCCGUUCUAGACGACCCUGUCCAUGCACUCAUCUAUAUCGUCUUCAUGCUCGGAUCAUGUGCCUUUUUCUCCAAAACCUGGAUUGAAGUCUCAGGCUCUUCUGCUAAAGAUGUGGCGAAACAGCUGAAGGAGCAGCAGAUGGUGAUGAGGGGACACAGAGAAACCUCGAUGGUCCAUGAACUGAACAGGUACAUUCCCACUGCUGCUGCCUUUGGCGGACUGUGUAUCGGUGGUUUAUCAGUGAUGGCCGACUUCCUCGGAGCCAUCGGCUCUGGCACUGGUAUCCUGCUGGCUGUCACUAUCAUCUAUCAGUACUUUGAGAUCUUUGUCAAAGAACAGAGUGAAGUAGGCAGCAUGGGGGCCCUGCUCUUCUAGAAAAGCCAACAUUCUCACCAACUUUGAUUAAGAUCACCAACCUUGCAUUUAUUUUACAUCUAUGUGUGAAGCCCCUGCAUCAUCAGCGCUCCGGUUUCAGGACGUUUGAGGAAUCUCUUCUCAGGAUUCUCAGCUGAAAUGAAGCGUUGCGAGGUGGUGGAACCACGUGCUGAUAUUCACACCGUUUGCUCCCUCCACAUAUCUUCCAAAAGCAACACAGACAUUUCAGUUGUACAUCAGAUUUUCUAACUGACUCGAGAUUAAAGCUCCCCAAGGUUCACUUAAAGGCUUCCUUUGUGGAAGAAUUGAAGUCCUUCAGGAGUUUGAUCCUUUUUUUUUUUCAGACUGACAAGAGAGCGCUUCAGUAUGCAGGCAUACUCGACUCGAAUGAUGGCGGUCAACUGCCUGCUUUGUGCGUAGAAGCACUCGAUCUUCUGGUUGGUGUUAUCUCAGUUUAAACAUUGUCUUUUCAGCUUUAUUUUAUUUUUCUGUUAACCUGCCAAUCAGGUGAAGGUGUGGACCAGAAGCUGAACUGUCAGACGCUGAGUCAAGUACUGUCAUUUUCCUGAUUUGUGUCCCUGUGUGAUAGCUUUUAACUGAACAUCUUGUAAGAAGAGGAUGUGGAGCUCGAAUUGGGGAAGUGGGGCAUUCCCAGGGAGCUGCAGUAUUAACUCAUGUCACAUUCAUUCUUGUUGCCCACGUUCUAAGAAUAUUUUUGUUUGUUUUUUUUUUAAUUGUCUGCUUUAAGCAUACUUUAUAUUAAUCACUUGUUUUCACACAUGAUGAAUUAUUUCUCUGUACAUAGGCCAUGCAUUGAAUAACUUUGAAUUUGUCUUCAGUGUAAGAUAAAGUCUUUUGAAUAUGUAAAAAUAAAUGCAUUUCAGAACAAACUUAUAGAAAAACAUUCUCAAUAAAAAACCUUUUGUGGAAAAA